AUGGAAUUGAAAACCCUUCCAUUUGGGUUCACCAUAGGUGCUGCAGCAAUAUUUGCUUAUGCAGUUUGGUUCUACCUUCUAACCAGGAGGCUAAGUGGUCCAAGAGUAUGGCCUCUGGUCGGUAGCCUACCAUUUCUUUUCAUGAACAGGAGGAGUAUCCAUGAUUGGAUCGCUGGUCAUCUUCGAGCCACAGGUGGUUCAUCAACCUAUCAAACGUGUACUAUUGCCAUUCCGUUUUUGGCACGGAAGCAAGGGUUCUAUACUGUCACUUGUCACCCGAAGAACAUCGAGCAUAUUCUGCGUACCAGGUUCGAUAAUUACCCCAAAGGGCCUCAUUGGCAAGCUGCAUUUCAUGAUCUUUUGGGGCAAGGGAUCUUCAAUAGUGAUGGGGAGGCUUGGCUCAUGCAGAGGAAAACAGCAGCACUUGAAUUCACAACGAGGUCACUCAGGCAAGCCAUGGGUCGGUGGGUGAAUAGGACAAUCAAGAAUCGUCUAUGGUGUAUUUUGGACGAAGCUUCGAAUGAGGAGAAGCCAGUGGAUUUGCAGGAUUUGUUGCUUCGUUUAACAUUUGACAACAUUUGUGGUCUUACCUUUGGUAAAGAUCCAGAGACACUAUCUCCUGGAUUACCUGAAAAUUCAUUCGCUAUUGCUUUUGACGCUGCUACUGAAGCUACUCUCAAAAGGCUUCUUUACCCAGAUUUAUUAUGGAGAUUGCAGAAGAUUUUUGGGAUUGGACCAGAGAAAAGAUUAAAUAAUAGCCUCAGGGUUGUCGAAAACUACAUGAACGACGCCAUUGAAGCACGAAAAGAAGCUCCCUCAGAUGAUCUACUGUCCCGUUUCAUGAAGAAGAAAGAUGUUGAGGACUCCGUUCUUCAACGCAUUGCUCUAAACUUCGUCCUGGCUGGCCGUGACACCUCUUCCGUAGCCCUCAGCUGGUUCUUCUGGCUAACAAUGAACCACCCAGAGAUUGAACCAAAGAUCAUCGAUGAAAUAUCAACGGUUCUCCGCAACACCCGUGGACCAGAUUCCAAGAACUGGCUCCAACACCCUCUCACGUUCGAUGAAUCCGAAAAGCUGGUAUAUCUCAAAGCAGCAUUAGCCGAAACACUUCGUUUAUACCCCUCGGUUCCUCAGGACUUCAAGUACGUGGUCCAAGACGAUGUCUUACCGGACGGCACGUUUGUUCCCGCCGGCUCAACCGUGACAUAUUCAAUCUAUUCAGUCGGAAGAAUGAAGACGAUAUGGGGAGAUGAUUGCUUGGAGUUCAGGCCUGAAAGGUGGCUAACACCAGAAGGUGACAAGUUCGACCCGCCAAAGGAUGGUUACAAGUUUGUAGCAUUCAAUGCUGGACCGAGGACUUGUUUGGGGAAAGACUUGGCUUACCUUCAAAUGAAGUCAGUGGCGUCCGCAAUUUUGCUGCGUUAUCGGCUUUCGUCGGUGCCUGGACAUAGGGUGGAGCAGAAGAUGUCUCUCACACUGUUUAUGAAAAAAGGGCUUCGUGUGUACUUGAAGCCGCGUCUACUUGCAUGAAGAUGGGCGCAUUUGUGGGGAUUAAUGGAAUUUGUCUUUACUCUUAUAUCAUAUACAGGAAAUUAGAACAUGGUGGAUCAUUCUUGUUCAAGUCGGCUUUGUGGGGGAGUAUAUGGUUUGAUUUAAUUUGAUUUGUUUUGGUUUCAUCAUUUCAAACAAUACUUGUUUGGGUGGUUGAAUCUCAACACAGUU